CAUUCAAAUUCAUUUCCCGCAGAGGUCGGUAGAUAGGUACCUUUAGUUCACUGCUCCUUUUAAGGCUCUGGUGUUUAUGCUCUACCAUUAAGAAUGCCAGUUCAUACCGAGCUGUAUGAUUUACUAGGUGUCAGCCCGGAAGCAACUGACUCAGAAAUAAGAAAGGGUUAUCUAAUUCAGGCAAGAAAAUGGCAUCCAGAUAGAUGCAGUACAACUGACUGCGAAGAGCGUUUCAAGAAUAUUUCAGAGGCUUACAAAAUUUUAAGCGAUCACGAUUUAAAACUUAUAUACGAUCAGUCAGGGCUGAAGGACGUGAAAGUUGCGCAACAACAAGCAGGUUUUGACGUAGUGGAACAGACUAAGGAGACUGUUCGUGCUCUCUUCGGCUUCGGAAAAUUUGAAACUUUAUUUGGGGAUGUUACAACACUCCCUCUUUUUGUGAACGCUAUUCACUUUCUUUCUAAUUCUCUAUCCACCUCUGGAAAAGCUCUUGAGGCUGAUGAAUCGAUUAAACUGAGCUUAGAGAGAAAGGAAAAGGAGGAAGCCGAGCGACAAGAAGAGCUUCUCACCACCAACUUGGCUUAUAUACUUAAAGCAAAAGUAAAGCCUUGUUUAGGGGGUCCAGAAGAAAAAGAAGCUUUUAAACAGCUGAUCUAUUAUGAAGCCGUUCAUUUAUGCAGCUUUCCCGGCGGUAAGGAUCUUUUAGGGUGUGUGGCUUACAUCUACAAACAGGAAGCGAAGCAGCACUUGAAAAGAUUUUUAGGGGUGGAGGGAUUCAUCUCGGAAGUGGCUGAGAAGAAGCACGUACUUGGCCAGAAGUUGGGCAUUGCCUCCCACGCCGUUCGCUUGAUGGUCACCACUAACAAGCUCCAGCGGGAGAUGGACAAAGAAGAAAAACUCAAGCUUCAAGGACAGGAAGUGGUUGCUGCUCUUGUGGAGUCUUCUCCGUCUAGUGAUCUCGCUCAAUCCAGUACAGUGCAGAACAGCGGUAGAAAAGAUUCUAAAGGCUUUUCCGUUCCGCCGGAUGGGCUCGAGUCGACCACCGUAAAGCAACAGCAAUUGUUAGAAGAGAUUUUUUCGCAAGGUCUGACAGCUUUUUGGAAACUGGGAAAAUACCUCCUUGAAGAGAGAGUUCGAAAAGCUUGCGAGAAGAUGAUGGCGCUGGAAAGAAACCCCGAUGUGCGUAACAGAGAAAUUGAGGCAGUUUUGGAAAUUGGGGAGAUCUACGACAAAGUAAGUCGUAGAAGCAAAAGGCAUAACACAAGCGGUGGCAUUCUUGACUAUGCGCACGAGAAAGUCGGAUUACGGAAAAGUUAGCUUUGGGAGAUUUUGAAACAUCAAAAAAUUUAAUAGUUUAUAUUCUCCU